GCGCACAGUGCAGCACUCUGGCUCAGCGCUUCUCGAGGGGGGACAUAAAGCCACCUACGACUCAACAACACAAAACCUACCCCCCACCAUCACCACAGCACCCAUUUUGUUCUCUCUCCUCCUUCUUCUGCGGACUUAAACUGCUCAAACUUUUAAAAGCCACUUUUCCUUAAACCAAAACCAGUCGUGGCACGAACUAAAGCACGUCGCGUUCAAGGAUCCUCGUCGGUCCUCUAUGAAAGAGGGAGUGCAGCAGAAAACUUGGGGAAACGAGAUGUCUGCGACCGUCUUGUCUGCGUUCUACGACAUGGAAAUGCUUUACAAGCAAGAUAAAAGCUUGAACAUGAACGCUCUCCAUAUCAACAGCAUGCUGGACAAGAAGGCGGUGGGGGCUCCGGUAACUACUCCGGGCUCUGGUGGCCCCUUCACGUCGGGAUUUUUCCGCAGAAAUUCGACCAGCGACUUGGAGGCGUUGAACAACGGCAACCAGUACUCGAUGGGCUCCUUCGGCAGUCUGAAAGAGAACACGCCAGGCAGCAACAGCAGCGCCACGGCCCUUAUGAACAAGGAGAACAAGUUCCGCGACCGCGCUUACAGCGACAACGGAGACCGAGGCGUGUUGCAGCAGAAGCCCGGCUCUCAGAUCAACUCCACCCGCUACAAGACCGAGCUCUGUCGGCCCUUCGAGGAGAACGGGUCGUGCAAGUACGGGGAGAAAUGUCAGUUCGCUCACGGCUACCACGAGUUGAGGAGCUUGUCCCGCCACCCGAAGUACAAAACCGAGCCGUGCCGCACCUUCCACACCAUUGGUUUCUGUCCGUACGGUCCCCGGUGUCACUUUAUCCACAACGCCGACGAGCGCCGGCCGUCUCCCGCCGCCAACGCUAACAUGCAGGCGGGGGAGUCCAGGUCGCCUCGCGAGCUGUGCGGCUACAGCCAGAGGGAGAUCCUGCCGCAGCAGCCUGGCUACACCCAGAGGGACAGACCAAAGCUUCACCACAGCCUCAGCUUCUCCGGCUUCUCCACCCACCACGGACUCGAGUCUCCCCUGCUCGACAGCCCCAUGUCCCGGACUCCGCCGCCGCCCACCACCACCACCUCCUCCUGCACCUCCACGUCAAGCUUCUACGAGGACGUGCUCUCUCCCAACUCCAUGUCCUGCAUCAACAGUGCAUUCAACUUUGCCGGACAGGACUUAAAAGCCUUACUGGCCCCACUGGCUGUGCACACCCCGAACGGGUACGUCAACAACCUCUCCACCAGUGCCUACUAUGGGAACAUGCAGAGCAGCGCGUGCCCGCCCUCCCCUCCGACGUACAACAUGAGCCACUUGCAGGCGCUGCGCCGCCUCAACGAGUCGCCGGUGUUCGAGCCUCCUCCCAGCCCGCAAGACUCGCUCUCUGACCGGGAGAGCUAUGCGAGCGGGUCUCUCAGCUCUUCCGGGAGUCUCAGCGGUUCCGAGUCCCCGAGUCUGGACGCUGCAAGGCGUCUGCCAAUCUUCAGCAGGCUGUCGAUUUCAGAUGACUAAUAGUUUUGUUUUAGUUUUUUUUCACAUGGAUUUAUGGACUGGUCAGGCAGGGUCGUUUGAGGAGCCACGGGUGUUCAGUGAGUGAGGUAGACUGUCUUUAAAGAAGAGGAUCCCGAUUAAGCCCCCCCCCCCUUUGCCUGGGACCUCUACCCCCAUUUCAACAGCAACCAUCCUGCCGAAGUGCCUUUUGAGUAAGACACUGAAUCCCUACCAGCUCCAGGGGAGCUGACCCUCCUCUGACCUCCCUGGAGGGGGGCCAGAGCAGAGAAGUUCACCCACAGGGAUCAAUAAAGCAUCAAACAUUUAAGUGUCCUUGACCUGGCAUUAGUUUAGUUGUUUUCCCUCUCUUUGUAUGUUAUAUAGCUGUAUUAAAACUUAGAUAGAAAACAGAAGGCAUUCCAUCAGUGCCUUGCCCAAGGGCUUCAUGGCAGCCCCCCCCUCUCCUUUUUUUGCUCUAUCUGGCAAGCCACACUUUUCCUGGGAUUAGAUGUGUGGGUUAACAUGACUUGACUAGAACAAGAGACAGUAAGCGAUUUCACAUUUCCUCUCAUCCUGCCAAGAAUAUGCCUUUUUAUUAAAGUGUGUUUUCUUUUUCUUCUCUGAAAGCUUCAACUUCCAUUCCAGACAGUCUUCUGCUAGCGCCACCCAGUGGUUCGUUUGUUUGUUCUAGUUCAUUGCUUGGAUAAAAAGUACUCUUGAAUUGGGUUUGUUUGGGGAAAUCACUGCUGAUGGUUGAAUAUAUUUUUUUUUAGCUGUUUUUUGAGUGAUAUACAUAGCUGUGCAUAACUGGCUAUGGACUAUUUAACUUAUUUAUUAUCUUGUGAAAAAAGUAUAGGCUACAUUGGUAAUUUGUGUCCAUACUGUAUUUAUCAAGUAUGAUGAAGCAAUAGAUCUAUAUUCUUUUAUGUUUAAAUUAUGGUCGCCAUUAUUAAUCUGCAUAAAGUGGAGUGUAUGUUCUUUUCACAUUAAUAUAUAUAUUUUCGUUUUUUCCCUCCUUUUUUUGUAACUUCACUCGGUUAUCUUUAUUGUAAAUGAGUAAAAAAAUCUUAAUUUAAGAGAACGUAUGAUAUUUAUUUCAUUAAUUUUGUUUCCUUGUUUACGUUUAUUAAAAAAAAAAAAGUUUGCGUGAUUGCUGUUUGCUCCUGAGGUUGUCAGUGCUGUGGAAGGCUUUUUUUAUUUUUUAGAGGAUCCCUAUUUAGAUGUUUCCGUAGAAUGUAUAAACAAUGUGGUUGUACAGACCGUCCAAACCUUACUUUUUGUCGUUCUAGGCCAGACUUCAGUGACAAAGAACCCAAGUCAAUAAAUUAACCAAAAAGUAUUUUUUAUUUUUUCCCCCCUCUGUUUGCACGAGGUCACACUGUGAUUCCAGCCACGUGCGAAAGAAUGUAGCAAUCCCUUGUGCCCCAGUAUUAUUGUGUAGUCCCUACAUGGGGUUCACCAUCUUGACAUGCCUUAAAAUUAACCAAAUAAAGUAUUUUUCCUACAUGGCAUCUUUUUACACCGUUUAAACUGAAUGUAGUGUUGGAUUCUGAAUAUCUUCUUUUUUUGUGUGGUUUGUUGCCCCUCAGACCAGACCCUCUGACAAAAACAACUGCAACCCUUCUAAAUACCCGUUCCUCUUAUGAGAUUUCCCUUUGUUCUCUUUUUAAAUUUUUAAAUUUUUUUUAAUCUAGUGUAGAGUCUUGAGUUUGCUGGAGAGGGAAGUGGAUGAAUUUGUUUGGUUUUGUACAUAGUAGGUACAGGGGGAUGCGCACUAUGUACUUUUGACUACUUGAUCAGAAGUAAAGCUUUUUGAAUGUAAAAAAACGGAUUAAAAAAAAGACGACGUUGUGGUAUUUCUUUUGGGGAGUCAGUUCACUACAAAUUGAUUGUGAGUCUGUUAACGUUAUACUGUACAUUUUAUUUUGUAGUUCUCCCAAUAAAAAUCAUUUAAAAAAUCAAGAACAAA